AUGAACACAGAGAAAAGUUCGAGCUCUAAGGAUGAUCAUAAUGAGAUGCAGCUUCCAGGGUUUCGGUUUCAUCCAACAGAUGAAGAACUUGUCGGGUUUUAUCUUAGAAGAAAAGUCGACAACAAACCAAUCGUCAUUGAACUCAUCAAGCAGAUUGAUAUCUACAAACAUGAUCCAUGGGAUCUUCCUAAUAUUAGUUGUACGCCUGAUGAGGAAGGUUAUUUCUUUUGCAAAAGAGAGAGAAAAUACAGAAACAGCAUAAGACCAAAUAGAGUGACGGGGUCUGGCUUUUGGAAAGCAACUGGCAUCGACAAGUUAGUCUAUUCUGAUGGAGAACAAGAGCGCCGUGACUGCAUUGGCCUCAAGAAAACACUUGUUUACUACCGUGGAGCUGCAGGAAAAGGCAUCAAAACUGACUGGAUGAUGCACGAAUUUCGCCUUCCCCCCAGCGAAAGUAGCUCCAAUACUGCUCAAACCAGUCUCCAAGAAGCGGAAGUAUGGACUAUAUGCCGAAUCUUCAAACGAAAUGUUUCAUACAGAAAGCUGACACCAGAUUCGAAAGAAUCGUCUUCUCCAACGUUAAUGGAGUCAGCCUGUAAAACAUAUUCUCUGGAGUCCAGCAAUCAGCAACAGGAAAGCUACAUCAGUUUCGAAGCUCCAACACCGAUGAAACCCCUCAUGAUGGACGAUUAUUUCAACGAAAUGAGGAACCAGCAGUUAGCUUCAGAACAUUUUAAUAAUUUCGCCAUAGCCAAUUCUUCAAUGUCAAUGGCGUCGUCUUCAAGCCUUCAGAAUCGCUACGAGAAUCCUCAUGACUUGUCAUAUGAGAAUUGGGAUGAGCUACGACAAGUCGUCGAAUUUGCGUUGGAUCCCAGCUCUCGCUCGUGACUGACUAUGCAGAUGUAUAGAUUUGAAACAUCGCUUUUCAUUCAGGUUCAGCUAUCUCUCAGUUCGAUAGUGCAUGGUUUUCAGAAAAUUAAACUGUAACUAGCGAUGCUUGGUUGA